AUGCGCUUCCUCGACGACGGCCACCGGUUCUAUGACCCGGGCAUCUUCGAAGACCGCUGCAUCACCCUCUCCAUGACGGAUGAUUCCUGGCCAGAAGAAUUCCUAGCCACGAUUCGCGUCGGCGCCAUCGGUUGGCUCCUUUCGUGCCGACAGGCGUAUGUGGAGGGAAUCGAAAUUCUCUACUCGACAAACACCUUCCACAUCCUCAGUCCCUACCUCUCAGCCCAUUUGCCCAGCUUCAUCCUCCCGCAACGACUCUCACGAAUCCGGAAAGUCGAGUUCGCAUGGGAAUGGGGCAUGUUCACACCCCAACGAGACGAAGAAACCUUCGAACGCCAACUCGCAUCCAUCCUUUCCAAACUCCCCGUCGAACUCCCCCGCCUAACGUCCCUCAAAAUUGCCUUUCAGGAUAACAUCGGGGCGUACGCUUGCAUGCACACCUGUCCCUCGCGAGGGGAAUUCGCGCCGUGGCUGGAGGGGAAAGUCCUCGUGCCUUUGGAUGCGUUGGUUCAGGCACUGCCGGUGCUGGAGGAGUGUGAGGUGUAUUUUACUGCGUCGAUACAUUGGUUUCUGGGGAAGGAGGCUGCGCUUGAUGAGAGCGAGAGGGGGAGGUUUUGGAGGGGCGCGGGUGGUGGUGGGGAGAGGGGGAGGGGGUAUUGGGUUUGUGAGGGGAGGGAUGAUACGCCGAGGCCGGUUUGUGGGAUUGCGUUUAAUUGA